AUGCUAGAGAAUGCAUAUGAAACUACUAUAACCCCAACCACGAAGAAAAUGAUAGCUUUGAUCAAAGGUCUACUUCUAUUCAAUAAGACCAUCCGUGUCCGUGGCAAUACAAACACAUCCCUUGCCAAGGCACUGAAGGCAGCCGCGAAGAACCCGACCGGGGAGAAGAAGGAGAAGAAACAAGCCAAUACAGCAAACACCCCGUCGCACAAGCUCGCCAAAGAGCGCGGUGUAAUACCCCCGGGCAGUAACAAAACAAAGAAGGGGAAAGGGAAGGGGAAAGGGAAAGGGAAUGGAAACGGUAAGGGAAAAGGGAAAGGGAAUGGAAAGGGAAAAGGGAAAGGGAAUCAGAGAGGUCAGGCAGCCAAGAAAUAA